AUGACCGCAAACGAUAUUUACUUUUUCAAGUAUUUAGUCAACAAUCAAGUAUUCUUCAGGACCAAGUUCACCUACGCUUUAGUAAACUUAAAGCCAUUGGUACCAGGCCAUGUUUUGGUCGUCCCACUUCGCAAUACAGUGCUACGUUUUGGCGAUCUCACACCUGAUGAGUCGACCGACUACAUGAAUACAUUGCAAUUGAUACAAAAGUUCAUUAUCAAAACUUACAAAGCAGAUGCUCUUAACAUAGCCAUCCAAGAUGGUCCAGAGGCUGGCCAGCUGGUGCCACAUCUUCACACGCACAUCAUUCCACGUUACAAGACCGAUGGUUUUGGCGAUUCCAUAUACAGUAAAUUAGAUCAAAAGGAUUUGGAGGCAGAGUAUAAACAGUUUGAAGCCCGCAAGAACCAGUAUCGCAAUCAUUUAAAAGUUGAGAAAAGUGAAUUGAGUCAGAAUGAUGUUGAUAGAAAGGAGCGUACUCCAGCAGUUAUGGAGGAAGAAGCUACCUGGUUGAACAACGAGAUACAAAAAUUUGUACUGCGCACUUAA